ACUAUUUAUUUAUCAACAUAAAAAUUAAAUAUUUUUUUUAAUUUUUUGAAAAAUUUAAUUUUGAAACUAUCAAAUAUUAGUAGAAUGAACAUAGAAAGCUUUGAUAUUUAAAAUAUUUAUAAAGAGUAAAGUUUAGUUUUGGCAAUAACAGGAGCAGUAAUAAUAGCAUGUACCUUUAAACUAGCUUAAAUUUUAAAAUAAGAUGUAGCAUAUAUGAAUAUAACAAAAGGAAACAUUUCUUACAUGAUAUCAUUUACUCUAGUGAGCUCUAUAUUUUUCAUUUUUUUUAAGUUUAACAAGUUCUAAGAUGUGAAAGUUAUGUAGGAACCUUAAGAAUUAAUUUAAUUAACUCCAAUAAGUAUGUUUGGGGUAGGCGGUUUUAUUCUUGGGAUCAGCUAUGGAUUUGAAUUAAUGAAUUAUACAUUUUUUAAGAUACAAAAUAUUUAUGAUUUUUUAAGAAUCAUCAUUUUUUGUAUAAUUUCUAAAUAUGUGAGUAGUUUAGUUGAGCUCAAUAAUGAGAUGGAAGCUAUUUAAUUUAUUCUCAGCUUUGAUUACAAACAAUACAAUAUUAUUGCACUUAUUGUUACAUCUUUAGUAUCUUUAUUCUUUUUGGGUAAAAGGUUCUUUUUAGGAGUUAUAUUAGGUUCAGCUUUUCUUUUAUCUCAAGUAUUUUAGAAAUAUAAAUUACAUAGCAUAUAAUUCGUCUUUUUUGUAUUAGUUUUUAACAUAGUUUUGAAAAUAAUUUCCAAAGACGAAUAACAAAAAAAAGGAAUUUAAAUAAAAAGUUAAAAUUAAGCUUAAGAUAUGAAGUAGAAUUAAGAUGAUAUAAAAAAUUAAGACCCUAAAGAAGAAAAGAAAUAAAACUCAAAUGAAGAAAUAAAGGUAUAGAAUAAAGAUCAAGGCAAAAAAACUAAAUAGAGAAAGCACAAUUUGAUAAGAAUCAUAAUUGCUAGUGUCUUGGGAGGAAUAGGAUAUGGUCUAUGUGGAAUUUCACCAGAAUAUGCCAUACUUAAUGUAGCUGUAUUUUCCCCUUAAGUUACACUUGUAUAUAUUAUCAGCUUUUUUGUUGGCUAUACUUUGACUUUAUCAGUUAUGCUUAUUAUUGAAUUCGAUUUAAAAUCUUAAAUUGAUGAACAAAAGAUGGAUGAAUAUAAAGAAUAUUUAAAAAAUAAAAAUGAUAUCAGAAAUAAAGUUAAAAAAGAUUAAUAAUGAGUUAAUAAUAUUUUAUUUUUUAUUUUCAUAUCUUUUAAAAAAUAUUCAAUCCCUUCCUCUACA